CUGAAUUACUGCGACGUGAAAAUAAAACUCAACCACCCUGGCACCAACGACGAAGUGUUGGUAGAGAUUGUGCUACCCCUGACCCACGAUGCCUGGAACGGCCGGUUUCAAGCCGUUGGAGGUGGGGGAUUCGCAACCGGUAUCUUUGACAUUGGCUUUGGAAUGGCGCUGACAGAUGGCUAUGCUGCGGCUUCGACUGACGGAGGACAUGAUGGUAUCAGCAAUAUGGCCAACCUCGCCUGGGCGCUGAAUCCGGACAAAUCUGUCAACUGGGACUUGCUGCAGAAUUUCGCGACCAGGAGUCUGGCGGAUCUGGUGUAUGUCGGGAAAUCCGUCACGGCGCAGUAUUUCGGCAAGGGGCCGCACCAUUCGUACUGGAAUGGGUGUUCAAUGGGAGGGCGUCAGGGAUACAUGAUGGCGCAGAAGUAUCCGGGUUUGCUGGAUGGGAUUCUAGCUGCUGCGCCGGUGCUGAGUAUGACGUAUUUUGCUAUGGGAGAUUAUUGGCCCCAGGUUGUGAUGAAAGAGGGGGGGACUUGGAUGUCGAACUGUGAGUUUCAAUAUUUUGGGAAGAUGGCGAUGGAGGAGUGUGAUUUGAUGGAUGGAUUCGCUGAUAACGUGAUUUCGAACCCCGAUGAGUGCGGGUUCGAUGAGAAGACACUCGUGGGGAAGAGGGUGCAGUGCGAUGAGGCGGAAGUUGAGAUUACAGAGAAGAUGGCGGAUGUUGUAAGGAAAAUCAGAGAGGGCCCCAGGACCCCAUUUGGAGCAAAACUGUGGUUUGGGCUGCCAGUCGGAACAAGCACUGAUUUUCUCGCCAACAUCACAGUUUCACCGGAAGGGCCUCGUGCUUCGAAUCCGUUAGGCAUCUCCGCCUCCUUCAUCAAGUGGCUCGUCCUUAAGGAUCCAUCCUACAACAUCUCCUCCCUCACUUACCUAGAUUACUUCGCCCUCUGGACCCAAGCAAACCGAGAGUACGACUGGAUUCUCAACGCUGAUAACCCAGACCUCUCAGCUUUCCGCGCGACGGGAGGGAAAUUUCUCUCCUGGCAUGGCAUCAACGACCCAGUCAUUUCAUACGAAAACACAAUCCAGUAUCGGAAACGGGUGGAGAUGGAGAUGGGAGGCUCGAAACCAACAGAUGAAUUCUACCGGCUGUUUAUCGCGCCGGGCGUAGGGCAUUGCAUGCAUGGGGCGGGUCCAGUGCCGACAGAUCCUCUAGCGCAGUUGGUGCAGUGGGUGGAGAAUGGAGAGCCACCAGAGGUCUUGGAGGCUUCUACUACGAAUGCGGGGGGUGACUUGGUCACGAGGGAUGUGUGUCUGUACCCGCGGAAAGCGAAGUACAUGGGCAUAGGAGAUCCCAAGCGAGCAUCGAGCUGGAGCUGC